CUCCGAUCCAGGAUGGGCUCAUGACUGAUCAUUGGAUUCCGACAACACUUCACAUGAGACAAGUGCUUACCCGACUCGACCCCCUGUCCGUCACGUAUAACACACUGUAUUAUUGGGCUCGCAAUUACCCAGUCCAGCGGGCCGGUUGCUUAUCCCAAAUGCCUGGGAGCUGGGAAAGAAGAGGAGCUUUGAAGGAUAGCGGGGGUUGGUCAAUGCGCUCUUUGUCUUCUUGUUCAUCGCUAGCCUUUUUGCCAACCCUGCAGGUUUGCGUGCUAUCUUGUAUCUGCUGCACGGCCAGUCUCGGGGAGCGUCAGCAAUCCCGCAUGGAGAGGGUUGCCCCAUUUGUCAGUCGAAAUCGAACGUUUUGAAAAAUAUACUACUCUUGUGCGAUCCUGAGAAUCAUUAACAGUGGCAGAGUUGCUUACUUUGGCACUUUGCCCAAAGCGGCCUGCCACUGGACCGCUGGUUGUACGCUGCGUGCUCCGAG